AUGGCUCUAGAUGGAACACAGGCUAACUACACUCACUGGUACAAAGGCGAGCCUAAUGGAAGAUCGUCCGGGGAAAAUUGUGGAGAAAUGUACCGUACUAGCUAUGCAGGAAGAUGGAAUGACAUAGGAUGUUCCGGUCCUCGCGGUUACAUUUGCGAAAUUCAAGGUAUCUGCCUGUAAUAAUGAUUCUUUUCUAUAUUUAGUCUGCUGUGCUGAAAAUCAUAUGUCAAACUAGCUUUAUCUCGUAUGCUUAGAUUAAGUCAGGGUAGAUUGUCCACCAUGGGGAGAUAGAGAAGCAGACGCUCUAACCCAACCCUAACCCCCUCGCUAAAAAGUUGAAUAACUUCAAAACCGUGUACGUCAACAUUGACGUCGCCUUCGCAACCGAGAUUUGACAGCAACGAUUUUCAAAAUUAUUUGCUUUUUUCCUGAAAAAGGGUUUAUUUCUAUUUUGACUUAUUCAAUUAUAGCAUUACAUUAAUUUAGCAAUAUUUUGUUUAAUUUAUUGGAACUGUUAGUAUAAAAUAGCAAAAGGAAUCAACAAAAAAUGUCACCAAUGUCCUAGAGGCAUAAGAGUUCGCCUACUUCCGGUGAGGUAAAAGGCGGAAUGAGUUUUCCGGUCCGUUUCACCACUUAAUGUUAAUGUUAUUUUCUGACAUUUUUCUGUUACGCUGUUGACCCAGUGGCACAUUAACUGAUAUUACUAUGUGCAAAAGGCAACAGGGCAUCGCAGUACCCGACACACAGAAAGUGUUAGUUUUCUCAACGAAUAAUUCAUCUUCUAAUAUUAACAAGAUUUCUUUGUUCGGAAAAGGAAAAUAUUGUUUUCAUGGACCCAAUGGUAAGAUCGUCAAGUUAAACAUUACUACCCAAAUAAAAAAGCUGUGACUCUUAGCAUGGGAUCUGGCAAAAAGAAUUUCUGAGGGUUCAAAGAAAUCAGCAAUCUUUCUUUUAAGUACGUGGAAUUUUACUUACGAGAAAUAAUUUUUGUAAUUGAUGUUGGAGUUCUAACUAUUCAGACUUUUUUAAAUAGAAAGAAAAGCUCGUUUUUAAACCAACAUUUCUGUAACAGUUUCGGCAGUUUCAUUUCUUAAAACCCUUGGAUGUCUUUAUAAAGAUUUUGAAAUACCCGAAAGAGGUACGUCUGCGAAAAAGGUAACAUUGAGGGACGCGAAAGAGUAUGUCGACAAAAUCUGUAAAAUCUGUACAAAACUUCUGACAACGCAGGUGGAAAACAUACACGCGGUUUCUCACUUCGACGCAAAACAUUUAGCCCUUUGAGCUACGCCCAAGACUUUAAAGGAAUCGCGUAAGAGAAGUACGAGUUCGAAGUGGGCUACACUCACGAAAAGUCGUAUUGUCCCGUGUCAAAUACUUUCAUGCUUUUGUCAUCACUCUCAACUAUGUCUUUUCCAUCGGUGCAAAAUGUGAUUGCAUUCACCAAUUGAAUUCCAAAAAUAAAUGGUCCAGUUUUGUUAUUUAGAGGGGCACCUUCAACCAGUGUGCUUUGCGGUCGUGCACUUCACCAAAAACCGUUUGCUGUAAUACAGACAUCACGAACGUGAUUUCUGUGUUUGAUAACAGAAUUGUAUCUAUGUUUCUUUUAAGAAGGGUAUCACAGCGUGCUAUUGCCUUAGGUUGUGAAGAUACAAUCCGAUUUUCAAACACAAUUAGAACGUUUGUAAUUUCUGUAUUACAACAAAUGAUUUCGGUGAAGUGCACGACCGCAAUAGACGCUGUUUGAAGGCGCCCCUUAAGACUAUAUUUUGGCAUUGAUAAUAUCUCUCGUCGUCUGUUGCAAUGGAUUGCAAGGAUUAAAAAUGCCAUUGAAACUUAGGCUAACAAAAAGAUACAGGACAUACAACAACCAGAUAAUAAUUGGACAUAAGUCAUAUAAGUACAAGACUGAUUCCGAUCAGAUAACGAAAGUUUCGAAGAAGGUGACUUUGUGAGGUAGUUUAUGACCGGACAUGCAUGACCAUGUCGGGAAGAUAGGUACGAGAUCAUAACUGGUGCGUCUGGAUCUAUGAGGCUGGUGUCAUAUUUAACAAUUAUUCUUUGAAAUCGAGGGGAAUAGUGGCAAAAUAUUUACCGAGCCACGAAGUGGCGAGGUAAAUAUUCCUAAAGCCACUAUUCACCAAGAUUGAAAAGAAUAAUUGUUUUAGUAUAUACACACGAAGGAAUCUCAACAAAAUCAGAGAGGAAACCAUUAAAAAGUACGAUUUGAUUGACAGAUCAGUUCAGCUAGACACGCGACAGUUUAGAAAUAGAUCUUUGUAGAAUUUUCAAACAUGGCAAUUCACAAGCUUAUCACUUCGCAAACAACAGCGUAAUGACUUAAAUGGAACAGCUAAAAGUUUGAAUUGUUUCCUAACCUGAGAAGAAAAGAAGAGCUUUGUUGUUUUCUGUUGACUCGCCAAGUUUAUAGCCGAAAAGGUUUGUUGUGUCGUUCUUCGCAUGAAGUGCUGACAAAAAUGGCAAUUCGGUUCCUCGAGGUAAGACGUCGUCUUCAUGUAGCAUUCUUUCUCGUGUUUACUUGAAAUGUAGAAUUUCUGCAAACAUUUGCUUUCAAAUUUGUUUGUCAUAAAUAAACUUCGUUUUUGGGCCAGAUUUUUCGUGUUAGGAAACGCUGAGUUCACCAAACGGCCUCUUCUAUGCGAAUAAACGGGAGUUGUAAACAAUCCAUCGACCACAAAACUCAACAACAGUAAAUGGAAAAACGCCGUUUUGAAUCCUUCGAAGUCUUUUCUUGCCAGAAAAAAAGUCAACCCUAGGAUUUUGUCGACUUUUAAAAGAUCUUUCUCUAAGAAAAUGGGAAAAAAACCGAGCUCACACAUUAUCCACUCGCUGGGAGGUGAAUAUUGUUGAAUAGUCCGAGAUAGCGAACCAAUCAGAUUGCUUAAAUCACCAAGAUCACUGAGUGUGUAUAUACUAAUUAACAAUUAUUCGCCGAAGGCGAAGUUAAUAUUGUUGAAUAAUCCCCGAGACGAAGUCGAGGGGAUUAUUCAACAAUAUUAACUGAGCCUGAGGUGAAUAAUUGUUUUUGUAUAUUCACACGAAGUGAUCUCAACAGAAUCAGAAAGGAAACCAUUAAAAAACCAUUAGUUUGAUUGACGGGUGAAAAUUCAUGCGUGAACACGAAGCCGUAAACAGUGGAUGCGUAAAAGUUAGAUCUUUACAGUAUCUUCAAACAUGGCAAAUGAUAGUUUUAAUCCUUUUGUAUCGAGUUUUGUAAGCUUUAGCAUCAACGGUUUAAAAGAAAACGCCGAAAAUUUAAAUUACUACCCAAUUCUGAGAAGAAAAGUAUCUAGAGCUUUAUUUGUUUCUGUCAACUCACCGUGAAUGAGAAAGUUUUCUUCGUCGCUUCUUGCAAAUGCUGUCAACAGCGGCUGCGAUCAAGGUGAGCGUUGUUUAUCUCCAAAGUUCUUUGCCUUGUUAACUUGCUGGCACGUACAAUUUUCGAAAAUAUUUGCCUUCCUCUCUUCUCCAUAAAUUAACUUCUAUUUAUAGGCAAAAUUGGUCUUGCGAGAAAAUCCCGAAAUCACAAAACAGUGACAAAGCGACCUCGUUUUCCUCUGUAGUGGUAAACAUAGCUUCGAGCGUACAAAAAGUCAGCUAAAGUAAACCACUUCACAAUAAAUCACGCUGUUUAAACACCAUGAAGUCUUUUCUUGCCUUCAAAGUCAUCAGCACUUGGAUAUUCGUGUAUUUUCAAACAGGUUUUACUUUGAAACUUUGGCAAAACACCCAGUUCACGACAGCGAUUUUGCUCGGCUUUAUAUUCACCGCCUAGCGCGGUGAAUAUAACGUCAUAGUCCGAGAUAGCUAACCAAUCAGAUUGCUUGAAUUACCAAGAUCACUGAGUGUGUAUAUACUAAUGAUGGUUAUACGAAUUAUAUUUUCAGUUACUAAUAAAUUGUACUGAGGCCUUAUGCGCCUACUGGCGCGAUGAGACUUGAUGAUGAUGAUGAUGAAUAAAUUGUACCCGUGGCGGGGUUCAUGUAAAUUUAUACCUUGGUUUUAAUAAGGCCUAUACCAAAAGUAAUUGACUUGCUGAAAGAAGGAAAAUUCGGGUUAUGACGGAAUAAUAUUAGGUGUAGGAAAGUAAAAGUCAAAAUUAGUAGUUAACUGAGAAUUGGCCCAAAAAAAUAGUAGUUAACUGAGAAUUGGGUACCCCCAUUAGCACUCUCUUAAAACACUUGCAUAGUGUUUUGAUACAGCCUUGAAAAUAUUGAUAUCAUUCUUCAAAGGAAGGAAACUUUAGUUAGUAAAGGUUUCAUUGCAUUUUUUGUCAAGUACUAGUAAAGGGUUUCAUACCCUGUUGAGCAGUUUGGUCGAGCUGUACAUUUUCGCGUCCAUGGCUUUUUAUCACCGGUUAGAGCUAUUACUGGUAGGAAGAAAAUCUUAAGGCAAAACUGUUUUUUUAAAUUUAAAGUCGAACUAUCAUGAGCCACAUUUCCCACUUGAAAAUGCUUCAAAUUACAAAAGUCUUACACGUUUUUUGUCAGGAAGUCAACGAAAAAACAAAACUCGACGCCAAAAUUAUCUUAAUAUUAUACACACGCAUAAGGUAUAAAAAAGUACAAAUCAGCUCACUUUACUCCAUAAAAAUGAUAACUUUUCAUGAUUUUUAAAAGGCGAUCAUGGUGUUUUCAGCAUUUAGCAUGUCAUCAUAAUAAGCCUGUUAAAAGUUCUUUACCGUUUCGCCAAUAAUAGCAUAAAAGAAAUUGUUGAUGGGAAAAUAAAAAACUACUUUCAGAAAACAUUUAAACAGUUCAUUCGCAGUUUGACGACUGUUUCCGAGGAGGAAAGUCAAGCAAUUACCUUGUAAUUAGAAUGACGCGUUUUUUCCCACGAUAUUUAUGUACAUCUUUAGGAUCCAUUAAUAUUAUUUGGAUACCCGAUGAGCAUAAAUUGCAUGGAAUAGUAUGCAAAGCAGCAGGUUUUAGCAACGGUAAAUUAGAGGAAAUUACCAGUAUUUGGCCUUUCUUUAUCAAAAAUUUGACAAAAACCAACAAACAGACUUACAGGCAUUUUGAGCGUUUGGAAUAGUUCUUUUAAGGUGGACUGCUCUUUAGAGGUGUUCGUUUCCUUUUCUCUUUUCCCUGGUGUAGCGCUCCACGCGCGAAUCUCGUGUUUCACGCUUUUAACAGUAUGUCUUCUCCUUGCUCGGCUAAAUAAUCCUAGUUAAGCGGGCUACAUGAGUGUUUUUGGAAAGGAUGUCGCUGCUGCAGAGUUUCGCGCACAAAAUACUUUCAGGUGCUUGGGGAAUAAUGUUUGUUAGAUUAAUCGGUUUCACAUACUUUAUCAUUUGAAUACAAAAAUAACAGGCUUGCAUUAACUUUAAAAAAAAUGAAGAUAAUUAAAGAUUGUUUCCUCUUGAUUCCUAAACGUGGGAACCGAUAAAGAGCUUUGACCUCUACACUACGCUAAUACUACAGGUGUUUGUCCAAAUGGCUGGAUCUAUCUACAAAGUUCAUGCUAUAAAAUCUCCUAUAGCGGACUGAGCUGGAAAGCAGCAAAGAAAGUCUGUGAGACAAUGGGUUCAACCCUUGCUAUGGUGAAAACACCGGCUGAACAACAGGCACUUACCCCCAAAAUAUCACAAACAGUGUUUAUUGGCUUGUACAGGGAUCCCAGAGACACCUCUAGAUGGCUCUGGGUUNUGUAGUGUCGUUGCUUUGAUUUUUGUUUUUGUUUUUUUUUUUGUGUAAACCCCACUUGAGAGUAACGUGUGGAGUGUACUGGGUUUUAAAAAAAAAAAAAGAAAAUUUAUAAAAAGAAUGAUUGUCAACACAAAGAAAAAAAAUGUAUCCCUAAUUUUUUUUUUUGGGGGGGGGGGGGGGGGGGCGGUUGGGGUUUUGUAAUAGAGCGUUAUGCCGCUUAUGCAACAUUGGCUAUCGUUUUAAAUCUUUACAAGUUUCUUUUUGAAGUGAGUUGCACAUUUACUGUCGAUAUUUGCCUUUUUUAAAAUUUCCGUAAAUGAUCUAAUUGAUGCCAAAUAAGAUAAGAGAAGAGAAGAUAACUUUACUUAAACAUGGCAAAGUCCCUCAUGCAAUUAUAAAGGAAUACGCUGGGAAAAAAAUGCUAAAAAUCGACCACAAAUUUGUCCAAAUAUGCAUGUAAUGUCAUUUAAACUAUAGAAGAUAUGGAGUUGAGACUGUACCAAAUCGCGAUAAAUUAAAAAAAAUUGCACUAAUGCCAGGAGCAGCCUCUUUAGAGAUCAUCUGACUAUGGUCAUCCAAAUUCAGGUUCUGGUCAAACAAACGCCUCGCUUGCGCUUUUAAGAUUGUAUUAGAAGCCCCUCUCAAAUAGACGUCCCGAUUCCUAUAACAAUUACUCCAAAAUACUAGGGCCCGAAGUCCAAAACUUAUUGUCGUUCUACGGUUAUAAAACUGACAGGGUCAACUUCUGCUUUUUUCUUUUUUUGUUAAAAUAUUGUUAUCUAACAGUAAUUUUCUGUUUCUUAAUUUAAAAUAUGCAAAGCGAAUUAAGCUUCAACUUUAUAUCUGUCAGAUAUUGCAUUGAAAGUUUUUUUAACUGUCCAAGUGAAUAUGCGGAUGACACUAGAGAUCCGUUAAGAUAGAAAACUGGCAAAUAAAGCCAGAAUCAUCGUGUUGGCGAGAGAUCCGAUGAAUGAACUCAGAUUGCAUUUCACCGAUAUAUAAAUCAAGAUAAACACAACCAAAUUGAUAUUCAACCCUUUGGGUAUUUAUUUUUAGAAGCAUUACAAAAGAAAAGGCUAAAAAAUUGCGAAAAAUAAGGGUGAAUUUUCACCGUUUUAAUCGAAGUCGCGACGACGAGAAACUCCUCGAAAACAUACCGUCUCAGUAGCACGACGGUCAAAUGUCAUACGCGUUUUCGUGACGUGACAACUAUUCAACCGUCCCAGCCGACAGUGGUGUAUUGCCUUAAAGUCCCUACUCUUUGGUAGCAGCUAAUUUACAGGUUACGAUUUGUAGGGUUAAUAUUUCUGUCUAGGAAACACCUAAAAGAAAAAUUGGGCCGACCUUAAUUUUGUGUUCGCCGUAAGCGUAUUAUAGGUGCGGCUGCACUAGACCUUUCCCCCAAAGCUCCCCUUGGAAAAAUAGCGUGGGUUGGGUUCGCUCGGGGCUCUUACACAGGGAAAAAUUUCCCAAUGGGAAGAAAGAAACGGUUUCGCCGUAAACGUCGCUGUAACCAUAGACUGAUAUAAAUCGUAAAUAGUUUCGACAAUUUUGUAUCCUUUUGAUAUAUAACCUCCACAUCAAUUAAACUCAGCAAGAGUGAUUCAGCUUUUAAAAUUGAGAAUAAAAGCGAUCGCGAAGACUCGACUUCAUUUGCGAUUAAAAGUAAGGCUCAAAAGUGUUCAAAAGCGCGGGUUUGCAAAAAUGGUUGUAACGACUUCAUGUAGGGAAAGAAUUCUUAAACACUGAUGUAAAGAAAACUUACUAGUUUUUUCAAGGUGCUACGUAAAAAUAUGAAAAACAAACAGAAGAAGAAAUCACAGAAGCGCUCAAAAUCAUCCUGAGUUUUUGUACUUUGAGUCCAAUUUCACUUAGGAUUUGGUGCCAAGACAAACACAGCAGUUAAAAAAAACCGUGAUUUUUUACUUUUUGGUACUUUUCACUUUCUCGUGUUUGGUUGAGCCAAAAUAAUUGGAAAAUAAUUGCGCGCGACAUCAUAAACGUGUAAAACCAGUCCCAAGAAAAACAAAAACAAUAAAAAAUCAACCUCACUUCAGAUGCAAGUCCUGAAAGGUAGUAAAUAAGAUCAGAAACGCCCUUUUUUGUAAAUCCUGCAUGAACUCUUACACAAAUAAAUAAACAAUAAAGAAAUAUAUCAAACCUGCUUUGAACAAUAAAAGAAUUCUGAUCAGCAGCUGUAUUUUAUAAUGUGGCAGCAUUGAAAGAACACAAAAAGUUCAAAUGUUAGAAAUUAGACAACGUUUCAGUCGUCGGUAAACAAACCUCAAGAUAAUGCAUAAGUUUCUAUGCAUGAAUACACCUCACAAAACUUUAACUAAUAUAGGACUACUAGUAAAUUGGUCUCGGAGUUUUUUUUUUUUUUGUCUUAAGUCAAAGAAAAGAAACUUCAAGAUUUUUUACGAGGAACAACUCCAUUGGCUGCUUUUAGGUGAACCGGUUACAUGAUUUUUGGCCAAGACAAACGCAAGCUGUAUGUCUUGGACUCCCCUGUUCCCUCCUUUGCAGAAAAUCCCAAGCCCCUCUUCGAAAGUCUGUACGAACGGCGUACGCUAACGUCAUAACCAAUUUCUACAGCAAUGGAGGCUCCGCUAUAAAUGGUAAGACAUUUGCUGCAAAGGGAUAAAUAGUGCAUGGAAAGGGAAAACAAGUAUAUACUCAUAUCUAAUAACAAAGAGGGCGAUUUAACUUUAAAUUUUGUGAAGGUAUUUUUGUCAUCUUAAACGAAAACGAAUUACAAAGUGAUUAUCUUUAAAAAUAAGCGUUUCUUUCAAAUCAGGUGAUGUGAUGUACUGUAGCUAAUCUACUUGUCUAAACUUUAUUUCAGGUAAAUGCCCAAAAAUUUCUCUGAGGAGUGGUAUACGUGUGUCUCCCUCUCAUUGCCUCUCGUCUGAUCAAAGGUAUGGUUCAACUUGCACUUUUUCUUGUAACCGAGGAUUCCGACUUAAGGGGCCCUCCUCAGUGCAAUGUGGAAAAGGUGGAGUCUGGAGCCAAAGAGUAAACUCUGCAACGUACUGUAAUGGUGAGUUAUUACUGAGUAAUAACGUGUGGUAUAUUUAACAAUUAAUGAAUGAGGCUGAGUAUCUUAUGAAGAAUUAUGGAGAUCGAGGAGGGUGUUAUCCGUGGAGGCCGUAGGCCGAGGCAGAUAACACCCUCCGAGAUCUCCAUAAUUCUUCACCAUUUUUCACUUGUCCAGCUCCGUAAAUAUUCUCCAAAUAGCAGAUGUCGCCCUUCGAGUUGUCUUCGUGCUGUUCUUGCCAUGUUUUUAGUUAUUUUUUCACCUAGUUCUUACUCUUGAAACGAGUGAAAUGUCCGCCAUUUUUCAAGUUCACAACCAAAAAAAACUCAACCUCGUCUCCAGGUCUUCUCGGUUAACUGUGUCUUAACCAGCACGAACGCUGCAUUUUUGACGUUAUUUCCUCGUUAAACACAAAUUUGGUCAUCAGAAACUGGUUAUGGUGAAUUAUACGUGUGCUUUUAGCCAAUCAGAAUCGGGGAAAUAUUUUGAAUGAAUAAUAAGAAUGGUUAAUGUUGUUUGGAAAUACGAAGAACCGUACAGACACGAUCAUUUUCCAAAGAAAACAAAACUUUACCAACAGAACCGUUUUUAUCUUAAGUACGUACAAACACGAUGUUGGCUAUAAAAGAAGAUCAUCAGCAAUGCCAAAUUUCAACGAGCUGGCUGGCCCCCGGUUUGGCGGUUUGCCGAGACGACUUUUAUUUCGAUAUUACAUAAAGUGAUCCCACCUGGAGCAGCUAUGUGUAUAGAGAGAUGUAAAACAGUGCGCAUACUGAAGCAGUAUGUUUUCCGCUGUCCCGAUGUUUGGUUUGGACAGAGCCAACCCGACGCAGGUGAUUAAUACACUGGACAACUUCCAGCCCCGUUACCAGCUGGGACCCCGGCAUCGUAAUAUCGGGAUCCCACCUAACCAGGAAUUAGCUCAGGAUGGCUCGGUUGAUAUGUAAACACGAAGUUGAUUUUUAUUACGUUUAAUUAACGAGCUGCUUAGCGGAGAAAAUCAAGCCUUGAAAACAUGGCCUGCCCGGCUCGUGCAAUCAGACCCUAAAGAUACAAAAGACCACACCAAAUGCUCCUUCUCUUGUAUGACCAACGGGUAACUAACAUCGUACAAUAUCAAUAGGACAUGUAUAAGACUUAAUUUGUGCUUAGCGGCUCACACUGUCUCAUAUCUUGUCACGAGGUUAUGUAAUAUUGUAACUCAACAUUGUAACAGUUAGUGUUGAAGUACUUGGUUUGGUCUGUUCUAUUUUUAAUAUUUUGCUGACGUCUUGGAUAUUUGUCAUUUUGACCUCUGAUAUCGUUUGUCUCCGCUAUCAUGUGUCCAGCUCUUACUGUCAGCAAACUUUUGAAAGCUUCACCAUCCGGCUGUGGCAAAUCCCAGAUGAAAAUUGACACCAGCUGCUUGUUUACACGCUCACAGGAAUACCAACUAAAUGGUCCUUCUUUUAAGCAGUGCAGAGUAGAGGGUCAGUGGUCCGACAGGGCUAAGAAGGUUUCAUGCACUAGCGAGUCUUGAAAUUUUAGGUUUUUUUGUUAAUCUUGUCUUUCAUAUAAUAAUCAACGUCUGAUUUUCGCAGAUAUUGACGAGUGCUCUUUGCCGAAAAAGGGCGGCUGCAGUCACAAGUGUGUUAAUACCAUGGGAAGCUACAAAUGCCAAUGUCCAGAUCCGGAAUUGAGCUUGUCACCAGAUAACAAGACAUGCCAUGGUAAAAUGAAAAUUUUAAAUAGGUAUUUAUGAUUUCGUAGUCAAAAAAGAGUUUUUCUAAACAAUUUUCAUUACAGUAACACUAUAGCGUAGGAAAACUGAGUUGACCUUACCAAUUAAAGAAGUGUGGCUGAAAAAAACAACGGCUCUUUCCUAGCUUAAAAGUAUGAGCAAUUCUCAUUGUAUAUUUUUUUUAUAAUAAAUAGAUUUUUAUUAAUAGUUUUUUUUAGGCUUUCAAGUAAUUUCUCCUUCAUCGCCAGUUUAACUCAGUCUAUAGUCUAUAGUGUUACUCUGUCUUCUACAUUUAUCUCAUGCAAGCAUUGUCACACGAGAAAAAAAGAAUUCUUUUAUUUUUUCGUCGUUUCUUGAAUUCAUUUGUAUCUAUAUUCAUUCAGCUCCAGGUGUUGUAGUUCAGUGCAACAGCAAGAAUAUGACCGUUUUUAUCCCCAAGUCCCUUCUCCGUGGUAUUGACCGUGAACAUCUUCGACUUCUGGACACCACGUGCAAAGCUACAGAAACAAGCGCAUACUUCUCAAUCACAACACCGCUGACGGGAUGCAAUUCAACACGCAGGCACACUGCUUCAACUUUUGUCUAUUCCAAUACAGUACUGGAAAUUCCAGUAGCAGCCAAAGAUGUUAUAACACGUGUUCGAGAGUUAGAAAUCCAGUUCAGUUGUUUUUACUCUAAAUAUGGAGUAGUUUCCUCAGUUGGUUGGAAGCCAAACAACAGGAAACUUGUGUUUAGCGAUGAAGGCAAAGGAAACUUUACACUGUCGUUGAACAUGUUUCCUGACAAACGAUUUGUGAGUCCUUACACGAAGGAUGAUUUCCCUGUUGCUGCGGUGCUUCGCAAACGUCUUUUCUUUGAGGUUUCUGUAACAUCAAGUGACAAGCAACUGUCAAUCUUUGCUGAUCGAUGUUUUGCCACACCAACUCAGAAUAAGAGGAAUUCUUUAAAAUACAUCUUUAUUACCAAAGGGUUUGUACAGUUAAUGCGUAGAGUUUACAAAGUCUUAGGUUAUAAUUGUGAAGUUGUCUUUUUACCCAGUGUUUUCCAAGUUCACUGAACAUGUGUACAUAUCCAUAUCGUUCCCAUCUGUGGGAGGCCGUAAAACGUAAGAAUAAAUAAAUAAAAAUGACCCCUAGUUUCACCCGCUUUUACAAGUUUUGUAUUUAAGCCGUUUUUUUAAAUGCAAUUUUGAGGUUAUGGGGAGAAAUGUCAUCCACAUUUCUUUUCCUUCUUUCUUUUUCUUUCUAAGAGUCACGGUUGUUAUGAGGUGGACGGUAAUAAUCAGGAGCCUAUGUUACAUGUAUAACCUUUUAACUGAAAAUAUUUUUUUAAAAAUAUGUCCUCACUUCUAAAACAAUAUCUGGUAUUUAUAUUAGGUGCCCUAGUGACUUGACUGUUAAGUACCAUAGUGCGCCUACUGUCAGUGCACAUCGGUUUCAGUCUGGAAGCCUUCAAAUUCAUUGCUGA